AUGGUAGAGCCUCCCCGUGUGGUCGGCUCCUCGCUCCCAUCCCUCGAGUGCCCUGCCUCUCCCGGCGGGGCUCGGGGGGUAAACGAUAGGAAGUCGUUUGGGUCGGCGAUCCAAGAGUCGUCACCGCUUGCCUUUCUGGCAACCGAGUUUCGCGACGAUGCUGCUCUAAAAUCGUGUCAGUGCCCGGCAGACUCUCCCGUCACGUGCGAUGGGGAAGUCUCGACGCGCUCUGAAGGGGACUCGACUCGGGAGUCGAGUCCUCCAUCUUCCCUUCUGAGUCCAGACGGAGAUGAAAAGGCUGUCGGAAGCCAGGCCAGCAGGUCCUGGGCUCUUUCGCGAACGACAUCCGACCUGGAGGAACCGGGGCUGUCGUCUCAGGUGACUCCCACGCUGGUCACGGUGUCUUCGUCAGUGUCACCUCGGCUGUACAGACACCUCGUGUUUGUGUAUGGAACGCUGAAGCGCGGUAUGCCGAAUCAUCACGUGUUUACCAGGAUCGCCCGAGAGGUCGCAGAGAUGAUCCUGCAUCAAAAGGCGUGUUGUUCCGCGUCAGGGCAGGACGGCGCCCACGCUGACUCUGUGCACAACUCGACGGCGGACGCACCUGAAGGCGACUCUGGCCCGGUAGUGUAUCUUUUCGACGCGGUCACAGUGGACGCGUAUCCCCUGUUCGUGGACGCGAAUCAGCGCUACCGCCCUUGUCUUUUCGAUGCAUGUGGCGUGGGUGAGAAAGUUCGCAGGGAAGUCUACGCCGUCACCGACGAGGUGCUCCACGCCUUGGACACUUUCGAAAGAGUGCCGGAGCACUACUAUCGACGGAGCAUCCGUCUUAAGGUUGUCCAGGACUCGGCGCCGCAGGGCUCCCCCGCCGAGGUCACGGCCCACGUCUACUUCAACAUGCAUUUGCAGCUGUUGGCACAGGCUUUCGGGAAGAAGCUUGAGGCCGAUGAUUCGCUUACCUCGUGCGAGAACAACGACGAACGGGGCGGCGGCCACGGUGCGCACCACGGGGAGAGGGUGGCGUACAUCCACAAUUAUGACACAUCGCAUGCGCGGCUCUAUGUGCCGCGGUUCAGGGCGGCGGAGAGCGCGUUGAAAAUGAAGUUGCCUUGUGCAACGGCAACAGAGUUUUCGUUUGCGGGGGGACGCGCGGCUGAACAAGGUGCGUGA